UUGACAGCAAUCACACUGGGAGUUAGAAAUAAGAGAAAAAAUCGCGUAAAGUAUCAUUGUUCGGAAAAUUAUAUAAUCGGAGAGAUAUUGACCAUGAAUUCCGGGAAAAAGUGUCCGGGAAUUCAGGGAAAUGUUGAGAAACCGAGUCAGGAGAUAAUAGAAUUAUGUCGGUUUAUGAAGCACCAAAAGAAUUGGAAGAAUGACACGAUGUUGUGCGUCAGGGAAUUCCCCGGAACUGGAAGGGGUUUGUAUUCCCGGAAGGUGCUCGAGGGUAAUUCUGAGAUAAUUGAUCUGCCUUUUGAUGCUCUAAUAAGCCUGAAAAGCAUCUCAGAGGAUGAGAGAUUCCUCAUGUUUAUGCUAGAAGUGUCAGAUGGGAAAUUUAAAUGGAAAAUGCAAACACUCCUGACAAUUUUUCUCCUCUGGAAUUGGCAUCUUGGGGACAAAUCCCCAUGGAAGGCUUACCUCAGGAGCCUCCCGAAGGAACUCUACCAUCCGCAUUUCUGUUCAGUAGACGAACUAGUGGCAAGUCCCGUGGUAUCAGAGAGAGUUAUUGAUUCAGUGAAUCAGAGUGAAGUAAAAGAAGUCCAGAAGGUCCUCCAGAACGCAGUAUGUCCUUGCUGUUCAGAGAAAUUCUUCCCGGACCUCUUCCCAAAGAGGAAAUUCAUCGAAUUUUACUUGAUUUGCAACUCCCGGACAGUCUACAUUCCUCCGGACACGAUCAAAUCAAUGAUCAGAGAAUCAAAAGCCCUUGACCUAAUUUCAAACGAGCCAAAUAUGGCUCUAGCGCCCUUCCUGGACCUCAUCAAUCACAGUGAUUCCACCAAAACUCUCUGCUCCUUGGCCAAAAGAGGUCCAGGAUUUUUCUACACUCUCAAAACCUCCACAAAAUUCGACAAAGGCCAACAAAUCUUCAUUAACUACGGACCACAUUGCAAUAUGAAGCUUCUCAUUGAAUACGGAUUCUUCCUCCCUGAGAAUUCCAAUGAAUUCAUUGAAGUCUCAAUGACGGACAUUGAGGAGCUCAUCAAAAAAUUAAAAAGGAACCACCAAAAUCUUCAAAUUCCCAGCAACAAAUUCCGCUACAUCAGAGAUCACAAUCUCCACGAAAAGAUGUUCAUUGAAGCUUCAAGAUUCAGUCACAAUUUGGAAAUUGUUCUGCAUUUCUUGCUCCUGGACAGGAAUAUUUACGAGAACAACUACCAUCAAGUUGUUUUUGGGAAUAUUCCAGAGGAGAGUUGCUUGACCGAGUAUAAAAUACUCUUGAUCAAUCAACUUCUCGAUCACUACAGAGAAUCUCUGAGGAACCUCCAGGCUCUGGAGAGUCUGACCAAGUGCGGGAAGAUCGUUAGGAAAUUCCUUGAAUGUAGAAUAGAAUUUAUGACCAAGUGUUUGAAUAAAAACCAGUGAUAAGCCUC